AUGGUUCGCUCUAUGAUGAACUAUGCUUCUUUACCUAUCUCGUUAUGGGGUUAUGUAUUAUUAGAUCCUGGUGCUGCACAUUCAUUCAUAUCUAGCAUGUUUGCAUUGCAUAUAGAUAGGAUGCUUGAGAGUAUGCCUGAUGAGUUGUUUAUCUCUACAAUUGUUGGAGAUGUACUAGUAGUACGAGAAUAUUACAGGAACUAUGAGGAUAAGAUGUUAAAGCCAGAGGAUGUGCCAGUUGUACAGGAGUUUUUAGAUGUGUUCCUUGAGGAAUUAUCAGGAUUGCUAUCUGACAGGGAAGUUAAGUUUACUAUUGAUUUAAUUCCAAGUACAACUCCUAUUUUGCAAGUCGCAUACAGGAUGGCACCACCAGAGCUAAAAGAGCUAAAGGAAUUAAAGAGUGUUGAUGUUGUUUUAGCAGUUGGCCAAGUAGGGAAUUUGGUUGCUUCAUUCCAAGUACGACCUACCUUAGUUGACGAUAUUCUUCGUGAACAGUUAGGAGAUUCUGAUCUCCAAAAGAUAGCUAAAGAGGUAGGUAAGAAUCAGAGGACAAACUACGAGUUAAGAGUAGACAAAGGUUUACUUAAGGAGGGUAGAGUGUGUGUACACAAUGCCCUAGCAUUGAAACAGGCUAUUUUGGAGGAGGCUCAUAGUUCAGCUUAUGCUAUGCAUCCAGGCAGUACAAAGAUGUAUAGAACAUUGAAGAAGUCUUACUGGUGGCCUGGCAUGAAAAGAGAGACAACAGAAUUUGUUAAUAAGUGUUUGAUUUGCCAGCAGGUAAAGCCUGAAUGGCAGAGGCCCACAAGAUUACUUAAUCCACUCCCGGUACCAGAGUGGAAAUGA